CUAAUUCCUUCUUGCCUCACCGAGACCCACCCUAUCUCUCCAAUAUGUACAAGCUGGUCGUAUUCGCCGCCCUUCUGGCUGUAGCCGCCGCCGCCCCCGGGCUCGUCGGUGGUGUCUGGGGAGGCGCAGCCCCCUGGGGAGGUGCUGCCCCCUGGGGAGGUGCUGCCCCCUGGGGAGCCCCUGUGCUGGGCGCCCCCAUCGUUAGAGCCGCCCCUGUCGUCAGCCACGCCGUACCUGUCGCCACCUCCUACGCCAACCAAGUCAGGAUCGCUACCCCAGCUGUGGCUGUAGCCCACGCCCCCGUUGCCGUCGCCCACGCCCCAGUCCUCGCCGGCCUGGGCCACGGAUGGUAAGCGACAGGCUAUGCCAGGCCAACGGUCACCGGCCAUAGGCCACAGGCCGCAACACCAGGCCAAGUCGUCAGGAACGCAACAGUCAAGCACCAUGCUUCGGUUAGAAUGUUAAAAACGGUUUGUUAAAAUUUUGAGUUUGGAUAAAUAAAU